AUGGCUUUGUUGACUCUGCACCGGGCUCCAUCUAUCUGCACCACUCCAGAUGACACUCUCCAAAGAAGAGGGCGGCUUCAGAAAAGGGAGAGUUUUGCACUGGUGAAAGGUGCUGUCCUCCUGAUCGAUGAUGAGCCGAGGGAGGGGGAUUCGUCUCCCCCUCUCAGUUCUCCCACUAAAGAACACACCACACUGUCCAACGUGCAACACAGACAGCUCCACGCUAUGGUCGAGCUGCUACGACCAGAGGACACCAUUAAACUGGCAGUGCAGCUGGAGUCCGUCAACUCGGUUAGAGUCAGAUACCUGAUCAUUGUGUCCACUCUUGGGAACAAAGAUGAAAGCAUUCUUCUGGGCUUGGACUUCCCCGAUGCAGACAGUGAUCACUGCACCAUUGGCCUGGUUCUGCCCGUGUGGAGCGACACACAGGUGUACUUGGACGGAGAUGGCGGCUUCAGCGUCGCCUCGGCCGUGGAGAACAGAAUAUUUAAACCGGUGUCGAUGCAAACGAUGUGGUCGGUGUUGCAGGCGCUGCACGGAUGCUGCGAGCGGGCGGUGAAGGCGGCGGUCAUCCCCGGGAACGGUCUGGAGUGGGCUGAACACUAUCACCAGCACAUCGAGUCUGAGCGCAUUUGUCUGAACGAGUGGGAGGCCAUGGACGACCUGGAGUCCGUCAGAAAGGACAGCUGUGGAUCAUGGUCUGAAGACAGAGUUUCCAAAGAGAAGCUCAUCAAAGAUCAGCUUCGAGACAUCAUGAUGACUGAAGACCUGGACAAUCUCACAUGCAGAAUGGUGCACACCGCCCUUAACACCAGACUUGGCUUCGACAUCAGACCCUUCAAAGAGUACAUUGACAAUGAGAUCCUGGUCACCAUGGCUCAGAUGGACAAACCCUCUCAAAUCUUUGACUACCUCUAUCUAGGCUCAGAGUGGAAUGCUGCCAAUUUGGAAGAGCUGCAGAAAAGCAACGUUGGCUACAUUCUGAACGUGACCAGAGAAAUAGACAACUUCUUCCCCGCAUCAUUCACUUAUAUGAACAUCCGUGUGUAUGACGUGGAGGAGACUGACCUGCUGUCGCACUGGCCCGAUACGUACAGCUUCAUCAACAAAGCAAGAAAAAGCGGACAGGCGGUGUUUGUUCAUUGUAAAAUGGGUAAAUCCCGCUCUGCUUCGACUGUGAUCGCCUACGCCAUGAAGCAGUACCGCUGGUCCUUAGAAGUGGCUUUGGCUUAUGUCAAAGAACGACGGUCCAUCAUCAAACCUAAUGAAGGCUUUAUGAAGCAACUCCAGACCUACAGCGGCAUUCUCCAAGCCAGCCAACAACGUCACAGCUCUCUCUGGAGACGAAAGUCGAAAGACCAAAGACAAAAAUCUAUUGUCAAAGGGGAAAACAAAGAUAAGCAAACUCAGGACGUACAAGAAGAAGAAGACGAAGGCGUUGAUGAAGAUGAUGAGGAGAGCGGUGAGGAUGAUUCCAGCUCUUCAGAGGAGGACAAUGAAGAGGUUUUUCCAAACGUUGAUGGGAAUAGUUCAAACUCUCAACAGGAAUCUUCAGAAGCACCAGACUCUAACCCAGCCAUCACAGUCACUGAACCGAGCAAGGUCGCCUCCAGCGUUAACCGCAGCGGCAGAAUGAACCUCUUCUCUCUCAUGCAGUCUAUUAGUGAAUUAGAUGACGACCACCCAGGGAGCGAGAAGCUCCCGGGAAGUCCUCGGCGCUCUCCAGGGCCAAGGAGGCGGAGUCACAGCCGCAAAGGUCUGGCUCAUCAAAGAGAAUGUGUGGACGUUUCACCGGAGCCACGGAGCCUUCAAGAUGCGGGUCAAAAUCAAUAG